AUGACGCUGGCAAGCUCCCUCGCUCUUAAGCUGCUGGCGGCGGUUUGCUCCUCCUCGGCGCCGCGCCUCGUCCCGCUCGCGCUCCUCCUGCUGGCGAAUCGCUGCGAGGCCGCGGGCACGAUUUGCAACAACAGCUGGUACUGCUCCUCCGGAUGCCCUACUCACGUGUACGGCACGUCUCUGUGCGACGGCACCUACAAAGGCACCACAGGCUUGCGCAACAACCGCCUCUCGGGCGCCAUCCCUGCGAUGCUGCCGAGGUCGCGACCGAGUUCUUCGGCUCCGCCAGCGAAUUCGCGGCCUAUCUUUGACCUUCUGCGCAACAACCAACUCGCGUACAGCAACGUCGAGUACAUCUGCCGCGGCGCAGAAAGUGCCGAAUGCUUCGGCGUCCCUCCUGACGGCUGCAGCGCGUUUGUCGAAAUGCAGCUGUCUCUCACCGACCCCAACAAGUGCGUGGUCUGCGACGACCAGACUGCCGGUCUUGUCCUCGUCGGCGUGUGCAUCCUCAUUGGCAUCGUCGCCCUCGUCGCCUUCGUCCGCCUUGUCGUCCGCCACCCCGCGGCCCUCAAGAGGUGGGUCUCCACCGCCGCCAUCCUCAUCAAUCACGCCCAGACGGCCAGCAUCAUCGCAAGCAUGCGCCUCGAGUGGCCUCAGUCCCUCGUUGCGAUCGCCUCCGCGCUCAAGCACGUCGCCCUCUGCCGCCGCCGGCUCGACAUCGCCGACACCGCCGAGCUCGUGCUGAGCCUGAUCUACUCGCUGCUCUUCACCUUCGGGUGGAGCCUCGUGCUAGAGUUCGUGGCCUACGCGGUUGACGACUUCGAGAGGAUCUUUGAAUGCGAGGUUGACGGCUUCGAGAGGCCCUGUGUGACGGGUAUUCCUCCGGCUUUCUUUACGGAGCCGGUGCUGGGUGCGCUGCUGCUGGUCCUCUUGAUCCGCUUCUUCGGCAACGUCCUCGCAUUCAAACGCGGCGUCAACAGUGGGGUGUGGCGGCGCCCCACGAACCCGUGCUUUGCUUGCCGCUCGAGCGAGCGGUCUCAGUCGUUCGGCCGCCCCAUCCCUCCCCGACGGCUCGAGCGGCAAGUUGCCUACCUCGUUGGCCGCUUCGCUCGCCACGCUCCCCGCUGGCAAAUCGUCAUUUGGCUCCGGCAGCUCCUUGUCCUCCUCCUCGCCUACAUCAGCGACGUCGUCUUUGUGACCACAGAUAAUUUCGACACCGCAGAGGAGACGUUCGACGCCGUCCGCUACGCCAUCGCCACCGUCGCGAUCGCCGUCACCCUCGUCUUUUGGCGCCUCCACCGCCGCGCACUCCCCUUCGCCUUCCGCUUCCAGAACGCGCUCAAGUCGUGCCUCUACGGCGCCACCGCUCUCUUCCUCACCCUCGCCAUGGUGUACACCGCGCUGCCCGCCGACCCCGUCGCCCUGCGAGUGAGCGUCGAGGCGCUCAUGGCGACAGUGCUUCUCGGCAGCCUCAUCAUCGGCGCCGUCUACUCGGUCCGCCAGCUGCGGCAGAUGCGGCGUGCGCUCGCUCGCGUCGACCUCUCCGCCAUUCUCUCCGCCGCCGACUCCAAGAUCGACGGCUCGAUUGCGGAUCGGUUGCGCGACGGCUCGGUGCGGCUGCUCCGCUGCAGCUGGCUGGCGUCGCCCGCCUCGGACGCUUUCCUCGGCCGCGACGCCUCUGGCGCCGUCAUCAUGAAGAGGCGACAGGACUUGCCGGCUGAAGCUGACGUGCGAUGA